GAGCGUUUUUUAUUCUGAUAUAAUGAAUGAUAGAUGUAAAGGAAUAAAAUUGUUACUGUGUCAAUCGAAAAAAAGGACAAUAUAGCAUCAACUAAUUUUGAUCGAUAUUUUUCAUAAUCGCAAGGUGUACUUAAUAGCUAAUGUUUUAUUAAUUAUCAGUUUAAAGAAAAGUAAUUCAUUUGCAAUCACUGAGAAUACGAAAGAUCUAAGAAUUGUGAGCCGGCACUGUGCACGACUGUAAUGAAAGUUGGCGAUGAUAACCUAACUUUAUAAUAUGUAUUUUACUAAAGGAAGAAGAAAAAAAAGGAAACCUUUAUAAUGAUAAUAGAGAAAAUAAGUAUUUAGCUAGUAGCUAGCAUAGAUCACAAUUAUGUUUGUUUCAAGUUUUCUUCAGCCAUUCGUUGGGAAUACGUAUACGUAUUUUAUUAAUUUUGCGCAUGCGCACCAACGAAAUUCAUAAAAAAGGUUGAAGUUAGAAUACAAGACGGUAUGCAUUGAUAAUGUUCAAGUCUUUUCAUCAGGAAAACAUUAAUUAGUAGAAAAAUAAGACGUCGUAAGUUUAACGUAAUGAGUGGGAAAUCAGGUAUAGUGUAAGCAGAAAAAUUGUGGAUUCAAAUAGUCAGGUUGGUUGUGGCUAUCGCACGAAAUUUAGAUCUUUAAUGACAUAACCUGAUGCGCUUGUCAGUUGAUUGGUGGAUCUAAAAUACGAGAUUUGAUAUAGUAACAAACAUUCCAACGAAAUAUCAGGGCAUAGUUAAUGUUGAUAUAUAAGGCAUAUUUACAUACAUAAAUGCCCUACAACUAAAAGGCGUACAGCUCUACGCUACACCGGUGAGUUCCAACACAAAAUAUUGCUUGGUAGUACGGCGGACACUCAAAGCCAACUAACCAUGUCUGUACAAAGUGUUGCUCUGGCAUCUCUCACGGCCACCUAUACCGACUCGGAGGGCGAAGACGGGGUGGAAGACGACCUUCAGGAGAAUUCGAACACUCCCCAGGGGGCCGCCCCGCAUAAUGCCCAAGUCGGUCAGCCCCAGGCUUUCACCAGUCCCAAAUCUGGCACAUCAGCCUCAAAUAGUCCCGUUGUUGCACCCAACGUCGGUGGCAAGUCUAGUAACGAUUUGUCGAAUGCACCCACCUUAGUAACAGAUGUGACAUCUAAGGUGCAAAGAUUGGUUUCAUACUUUGAUGAUGCAAUAGUCUCCGAUGACGAGGGAGUGGUACAAACACAAAUCGAUGGACAGCCUUUUGAAAAUGGAAGGCCCUCCUCGAUUAUGGAAUGCUCUCCCUCUUGUCAAGGAGAACAGUUAGUUUCAGAUAGCGAGGUGGAUCCCUAUGGCGUUGUUAUACCACCAGAGCCAUCAGGACAGUGUCCUGUGGAACUACAGGAAAAGAUAACAAAACUUUUUAGGAAAAUGGAGAGCGGCGGUUUGGAUAUGAACAAAGUUAUACAACAAAGGAAGGAUUUUAGAAAUCCAUCCAUUUACGAAAAACUUGUUCAAUUUUGUAGCAUCAAUGAAUUGGGUACUAAUUAUCCUCCUGAUAGAUUCGAUCCAUUUAAGUGGGGUAAAGAUUCAUAUUACGAGGAGCUCGCUAAAGUUCAAAAGGCAAAAAUGGAUAAACUCGAGAAGGCUAGGAAAGAGAAAACAAAAAUCGAAAUUGUUUCUGGUACAGCUAAGCGACCCAAUAAUUCUAGUACAACGGAAGAUGAUGCUAAAAAGAGAAAAAGUAAAUGGGAUCAAGUUGCAACUGGAGCUACUGCCUCGAUAAAGCCAACUGUGCUGUUAUCUCAACCAACUCUUACCACUUUAACAUCAUCUGCAACUGGCACCAAAGCAACGAAAAGGAAAUCGCAGCGGAUUUCGCAUAAAUGUGAAUAUAAUAUAGACUCGCAUAACCACAUGCGAUCAUAUAUUCAUAUAGCCAUACAUGUUAUCUAUAAGAUUGAUUUAUCAAAUUUAAUUGUUGGUUUUGUUGAACAUACCGAAUCGACCUUUCAUUUUAUAUAUAAUGGGAUAAACUGUUUUGAAAGUAUAUCCUUAGUAUGACUUCUGUCAGAAUGAUUAUCAACAAGGAUGCAUCAAGUCGACAGCUUUCAAUCACAUAUACAGAAAAUUAUGCAAGAGAAGGAAAGAAGAAAUAAUAUAAACUAAGAAAGAAAGAUUUCUUAGAAAAAGAAGAUUUUGAAAUUCAUGAAAUGAGAAAUAAGGUAUUGAUCGACCGUUAUAUUGAGUUUUUUUUGUGCUUUCUUCCUCUAUGAAAUACUUUUAAUUUAAGAUAAAUUUUGAUAUUUUGCGAGACAUUAUUUUCCACGUUAAUAGUGUCUUACUUAGUGGACUAAAAGGAAGGUAUAUAGGAGAUAUAAAGGUAAUAGGAGAAAAACAGAUACAACGAUAACAUUUAUUAUGAAGGGAAUUUCCUUUUCUUUUUGUGAAUAUAUUUAUAACAUUUAGGUAUUUUUAUUUUAUUAAUCGACAAAUACCAAAAUACUGUGUAAAAUAUGUACAUUAUAACAUGUGUUGCCAUUAUAACGAAAAAUUUAGAAAUCAAUUGAAUCUUUUUCAAUUAAAAUUAUAGUGAAAAAAUUAUUAUUUGUAAAAAUAAUUGUAACGAACAAAUUCAUCCAAAUAAUUUCAACUAGAAUUAGAAUUGACUUAGUUUCUUGUAAAUCUAAAUAAAUGGUUAUAAUGAUACUUUUAUAAGAAA